AGGCCGCGUUUGGAAGCUUCUCCGCCCGCCAGAAGAGCGAGACGCGGGGUUCCCUCUUAUUUAGGGACAGAGCAGCUUGGACUGGCGCAGCGUUUCCGGCCGAGCCCUUUUUGGCUGCUCAGCUUUGGAGAGUGACGGUUUCCAGGAAGCAGGAGGUCUUGCCUUUGGGUUGUGCUGAGUUUGACCUCGUGUGUGAGGCCGCUUGGGGCUGGGUGCUAGGCUCGAUCCAACCCACCCAGCAGCAGCUAGAGGGGGAGAGCCCUCCGUCAGGCUUGUGGGUGGUGUAACCACCUGCUGCUUCUCUUUGCUUCUGGAUGUUGCAGUUCAUCCGUUUCCAGGCUGCCCCAGUCCAAGUUUCCCUGGCAGGGGUUAUGUUGGAUAGUGCAGGGAAAUGGCUUCGGCAUUCAGCUGACCCUCUGGACCAUACUUUGUUCCUGCCGUGCGGACGCUGUCUCUAGGGAUCUCUGCUUAACUCGACUCUCUCAGCUGCGAUGGAUGACCUGAACCUGCACUACCGGUUCCUGAACUGGAGGCGGCGGAUCCGGGAGAUCCGGGAGGUGCGGGCCAUCCGCUACCAGGAGCGCUUCAAGCACAUCCUCGUGGAUGGCGACACAUUGAGUUAUCAUGGGAACUCCGGCGAAGUCGGCUGCUACGUGGCCCCCCGGCCGCUGACCAAAGACAACAACUACUUUGAGGUGUCAAUUGUGGACAGCGGUGUGCGGGGCACCAUUGCUGUGGGCCUUGUGCCACAAUAUUACAGCCUGGACCACCAGCCGGGGUGGCUGCCGGACUCCGUGGCCUACCACGCCGAUGAUGGCAAGCUGUACAAUGGGCGAGCCAAGGGCCGGCAGUUUGGGACAAAGUGCAGCUCUGGGGACCGCAUUGGCUGUGGCAUCGAGCCAGUGUCCUUCGAGGUGCAGACGGCCCAGAUCUUCUUCACCAAGAAUGGCAAGAGGGUGGGCUCCACCAUCCUGCCGCUGUCCCCAGAUGGGCUGUUCCCUGCCGUGGGCAUGCACUCGCUGGGGGAGGAGGUUCGGCUCCACCUGCACGCUGAGCUGGGCACCGAGGAAGAUGACAGCAUCAUGAUGGUGGACAGUUAUGAGGACGAAUGGGGGCGACUGCAUGAUGUCAAGGUCUGCGGCACGCUCCUGGAGUACGUGGGCAAGGGCAAGAGCAUCAUUGACGUGGGCCUGGCCCAGGCCCGGCACGCGCUCAGCACCCGCAGUCACUACUUCGAGGUGGAGAUCGUGGACCCCGGGGAGAAGUGCUACAUUGCCCUGGGGCUGGCCCGCAAGGACUACCCGAAAAACCGGCACCCGGGCUGGAGCCGUGGAUCCGUGGCCUAUCAUGCAGAUGAUGGGAAGAUCUUCCACGGGAGUGGCGUGGGUGACCCCUUCGGGCCCCGCUGCUACAAGGGCGACAUCAUGGGCUGUGGCAUCAUGUUCCCGCGGGACUAUAUCCUGGACAGCGAAGGUGACAGUGAUGACAGCUGUGAGACGCCAGAGGUGCGUGCCCGGCCGCGGGGCGUGCGCAACGUGCUCUACCUGCCCCACGAGCCCGACGAAGACGAGGAGGAUGAGGAAGACGAUGGGGAGGACAUGGAGCAGGAGCAUGAGGGCAAGAAAGUGGUGGUGUUCUUCACCCGCAAUGGGAAGAUCAUUGGGAAGAAGGAGGCCGUGGUGCCUGGCGGCGGGUUCUUCCCCACCAUUGGCAUGCUCAGCAGCGGCGAGAAGGUCAAAGUAGACCUGCAUCCGCUCAGUGGCUAGGCCCCCUCGCACCUCCCACCGCUGGGGCCGGGGCUGUCUGGGGCCAGGGGUCUGACCGCUCCCGGCUUCCAGCAGGGCAUGUCCCGAGCCCCCCUGCCCCAUGGUGUUGUGUGUGUGCUGGCCUGCCCUGCAGGAUGGCUUCCCCUCCUCAGAGGGGCUCUGGCUCCUUGCCCUGGGGUGAGGUUCCCUCUGCCCCGAGCCCUGCCGGGUGGGUGCACAUCUGGGUCUGGCCCCAGCUGGCUGUCCUGUGCUGGGGGCCAGGGGAGCUUCCCUGCCUGGGCCCCCUGUGCUGCUCCCUGGAGGGGUCAGAGCCUCUGGGCUCCCCCCUUGCUGGCCAAAGAGACAGGGCUCUGGGCCCAUCCCCUCUGCCCGCUGUGCCCUCCCAUGCCCAGGCAUCCAGGACCUGCUUCAGUGCAGGGUCUGGGGGUACAACCCACAGCUUAUCCCUGCCCAGCUGGUGGGUGACGUGGACUGAGCCUCCCACCCCUUGCAGGGGACCCAGAACUGUAGCUGCCCUCCCUCCCCGCUCCCCCUACCUCACUGCAGGCCAGUGCCCCCUGCCUCCCCUAGACAUUGGGGCCUGAGAGGGGGAAGGAGUGACCCAGUCUUGUCCCCAGGCCAGCCCAGAGCCUGGGCCUGGGGUGGGAGGCUGUGGGCAGGGGGUGCUGCUCAUACUCAUCUGUCCCUGCUUGCUCUGCUCUUGUGAAUGUAUCUUCCCCCUAAACGCGGGCACAGCUGCGGGCAGGUGGGUCCCUGGAGAGGCCCCUUCUUGCCUGCGGGUCCUGCUGCUGGAUGGGAACCCCCGUGUCUGUACAUACGAGCUUUCUCUGUCAUUAAUAAAGCUGGGACCCUC